UUCAUAGAAAAAAGAAAGAGAGGAAGGGGACUUAAAAGGAGAGGGUUCGGAGGAAGGAGAGUGAGAGUGAAACACAGGAAACACUUGAUAAUGGCAUCUGCUACUACAUUAAGCUUCUUCUCUUCUGCAGCUACAAAAACAACAAUUUCAAGAACAACUCAGAAACAAAAUCUUUUUCAAUCAAAACCCGUUUUCAAUUUCUUCACUCCAACUUUCUCUUCCCAGAAAUUAUCUUUCUCUCCUUCUUCUUCUUCUAGGAGUUCUACAUUUUCUUUCAUUACUAGAUACUCUGAAGCUGAGGCACCCGUUUUGGAAGCUGAAGAAGUUGAUUCUGAACCAGCUCCAAUCGUCGAAGUUAGUGAUGAAAUUGCAAAACCUGAAGGGGUUUUCGCUGUUGUCAUGAUUGGAGGUCGUCAGUAUAUUGUUUUUCCUGGUCGAUUUCUGACUACACAAAGGCUUAAAGGAGCUAAUGUCAAUGAUAAGAUCAUACUGAACAAGGUGUUGCUGGUCGGAACAAAAACAAGUACAUAUAUCGGAAAGCCAGUUGUGCCCAAUGCCGUUGUACAUGCAGUAGUUGAAGAUCUGGGAUUGAACGAUAAAGUAAUCGUGUUCAAGUACAAGAAGAAAAAGAAUUACCGAAGAAACAUUGGUCACAGACAGCCAAACACAAGGAUAAGGAUAACGGGCAUCACCGGUUAUGAAGACUCACCAGCUGUUACACUCGAUUCCAUCGCAUCAGACUCUCCAGCAGUUGCAUCUGAUUCAUAGGCUUGUUGUAUCUGACCGUUUUCUCUUUGAAUGUAAAUCUAGUUCAUCUUUCUUUACUUUACUUUGAAAAUAGAGGCUUUUUUGCUUUUUGAAGGCUCUUUUGUUUUUUGAACUCACUGGAGAUCUGGUAAUUAUUAUUUUGUACGAACUAGUUUGCACUUGAAUUUAUCUUCAUUUUUUGCUGAUGAAUAUAA